GUGUAUAUGCUGUGACUUAUCAUUCAGUGCUUUGACAUUACAGGAGCAGGAAAGCAGUGGAGAGAAAGGAUCACUAAUCAAUAGACAUGAUGUGGACCAAUCAAAUGUAACAUAAAGAUUUAUAAUUGAUUAAUACAUUCAGACAUGGGUGCAUCACAUUCUCAUCACCACAAGCACUGUCACAGUCAUCAGUCUCCAAUUAACAUCUGCACUAAGAAGGUUCAACAUGAUCCCUUUCUGCAACCGAUAACGAUCCAGUAUGACCCCCAGACAUCCAGAAAAAUUGUGAAUAUGGGGCAUUGCUUCAAUGUGGAGUUUGACGAUACAACUGAUAUGUCAGUACUCAGUGAUGGACCAUUAACUGGGUAUUAUCGCUUACGUCAGUUUCAUUUUCACUGGGGUACAACUGAUGAAGACGGCUCUGAGCAUGUUAUAGAUGGAAGAGUUUACCCUGCAGAGAUGCACAUAGUUCAUUGGAAUUCACAGAAGUAUAUGAGCUUUGAAGAAGCUUCAAACCACGCGGAUGGCUUGGCUGUUAUAGGCAUACUGCUGGAGAUUGGAGAAACAAAUACAGUACUACAAACCAUAAUUGAUCAUUUGCAUGAAGUCAAAACAAAGGGCAAGGAACAUUCAUUUAAAAGAUAUCAUCUUUCAAGUUUGCUGCCGGAGGAUCUGAAUUACUGGACAUACCCUGGAUCAUUAACAACAGAACCCUACUUUGAGUGUGUAACCUGGAUUGUCUUACAGGAGGCAAUACCGAUCAGUUCACAGCAACUGGCACAGUUCCGCAGUUUGUUGUGUACAUCGGAGUAUGAAAACCCAGUCCCCAUUCUGGAGAACCACAGGCCUGUUCAGCGUGUCCAUGAUAGAGUUGUACGAUCUUCUCGUAUGAUCAACAAUAACAGCUACUAAUCACUGAAUCUCUGUCAAAUAUUAUUAUGCUUUCUAACAGUUUUUAACAAAAACAGAUAAACAACAUUUUUGUUUUAUUGAUUUAUUGAUGCAGAGCAUUCUGAAAGGAGCAAAGAGUGUUAAUUAUCAGUUGUCAAGCAAAUUGAAAUGUGUUAUUAUUGAUAUAUCGUAAACAGGACCAAUCAAAAAUGUCAUGGGAAAAUUCACACACUUGGACAAAUAAAAAUGAAGAGUUGUUGAUGCAUUAUAGGCAAUUAGGAAUUUUGCUUCAAUUUCUAAAGACAUAAGGUAGAUAUAUAACACAUGUCCUUUGCACUAAAGUAAAUUAAGUAUUAUCAUUUAUCUUACAGCUAUUCAACAAAACUAGCUGGUAAUUAAAUACCUUGCUUGACAAUAUCAGAUCAACUUUGUGCUGCAAGCCAGCCUCUACAUAUCUGGGUUACCUGUUACAGGUUUAUCCAUUAUGUUACAUAGUUACAUAGUUACAUAGCUGAAAAGAGACUUGCGUCCAUCAAGUUCAGUCUUCAUCACAUAUGCUUUUGCUGUUGAUCCGAAAGAAGGCAAAUAACCCAGUCUGAAGCGCUUCCAAUUUUGCAACAAACUAGGAAAAAUUCCUUCUUGACCCCAAAAUAGC